GAAAUUACGAGGAGACACCGAAGGCGGCACUAGCCUUGUCGUUGUGUUCAGUGUGUGGCAUGACCCAUUUGUCUCCGGUGGUAACGUCAAUAUAAUUCACCGCAGAUUUAACUUUAUUAGCUAGCACUAUGUAGCUGUCUGUAUAAAUGCUGGACUUUUUCAGGCACCAACACUAAAGCGUUGGAAGAACAGCUUUCUAGCUGCUCUGCUAGCUAGCUAGCUACAUCAGGAGGCGCACCAAAUGCCCAACGCUGGUGUCAAAUGCUAACCUAGCUAUACUUUUAGCAUCAUAGCAGCUGUUCCGUCCACUUGAAGGCAUCUUUGAGUCCUACGAUAGUCUAACGUUAAACAGACUAACGUUACAUACAGUCUAUGAUACCUCAGAUAUCAGCAAAAUGACCUCAGCUUCCACUAAAGUUGGGGAGAUCUUCUCUGCAGCUGGAGCUGCCUUCACCAAACUAGGAGAGCUCACCAUGCAGCUUCAUCCAGUGGCAGACUCCAGUCCUGCAGGCGGUCAGACCAAGAGCACAGUGAAGAGGAAGCUGUAUGAAGACGGCGCUCCGCCCGCCGCCUCUGACGGCCCAAAAAAGGUCAUCAAGAAAACCCCUGCUACCGUUGCCAUGGCCACGCAGGGUACUCCAACCACCAUUGCCGUGCCUACAGCUCGGGUCGCCGUGGCAUCAGGACUUCAGGGCCCCGCCUCCACCCUGAAGAAACAGAAGACUGCAGACGUGACCCUCAGUGCUCUUAAUGACUCAGAUGUCAACAGUGAUCUGGUGGACAUGGAGGGACUGGGGCAAGGAUCCAACUCCAAAAAACUCACCAACUUUGAUCAAGAUAACCUAAACCUGGACUCGAGCCUCAUCAUGAAUCCCAGUGAUCUGCCUCUGCUCUCCCGUUGACACUUUACACUUCCUCUGGACUUUGAAUGACGGACAAAUCUAUAAAAGUCACACCCACGUUGUAACAAACUGGACUUAUCCUUAGAGCCAGAAGAGGGUGACCACCCACAAGAGAGUAAAUCUAGUAGUAUUGAAUAUUUUGCCUUGUCACGGAGGACAGAUGUCCCACGCAUUCCCAUUGCUGGGAAGUUGUUGGCACCAUCAGCAACGUCUUAGGAUCAUUUAAAAAAACAUUUUUUUUUUACUGCAAUCAUUUUUUAUUUUAGACCAUUUCCACUCCUCCUCAUCAACUUGUUCUUUGACGGAACUGACUUUAUGCAGUAAGGAAGCUGUUUGAACAUUCAUACUUCCUGUGUUUGUUUUUUUAAAGAAAAGCCACAAAAACAAGGACAAUGCAGCAGAGAGACCUCGGUUGCGUCAACAAGACGAACGCCCCCCCCCCAUCCACAUGCACAUACUGCUAAAGGACAGCCAUUUGAAAGCAGAUAUGUCUGAAAAAUUUAAACGGUACUAUUUGAUUGUAUUUCAUAUUAAAUUUGUUCUUGCUACAUUUUGACAAUGGUUGUGUUAGCAAGUGCUAACGCAAGUUUUUUGUUAGUUUUUUUUGUUUUUGUUGUGGUGUUGGGCAAAAACUCCUUAAUGACCUUUCAGCGUAUUGUAGUUCAAGUGAUCUGAGGCUACAUUGAUAUUGCUACGUUUUGGUUUAAAAACGAAUAUCUUUUGCUACGUUUACACCGCGCAUCCACACUGGUUUGGCGUUCCAGAGCCCCUAAACCGGAGCCGUUUG